AACCACCGCAGCCCAAAGUUCUUCCAGCCUCAGUCUGAACCUGGGACUCGCGGGCUCUCACGGCCCCGUCCCCCUAAGGAGCGGCCCUUGAGCGCGGAGUCAUGGAGCCAGGUGGCGGGCGCCUGGAGGACUUCCCUCUCAACGUGUUUGCCGUCACCCCUUACACCCCCAGUACUGCCGACAUUCAGGUGUCCGACGACGACAAGGCGGGGGCCACCUUGCUCUUCUCGGGCAUCUUCCUGGGACUGGUGGGCAUCACGUUCACCAUCAUGGGUUGGAUCAAAUACCAAGGCGUCUCGCAUUUUGAAUGGACCCAGCUCCUGGGGCCCAUCCUGCUGUCAGUCGGGGUCACGUUCAUCCUGAUCGCUGUGUGCAAGUUCAAGAUGCUCUCCUGCCAGCUGUGCAAAGAAAACGAGGAAAGGGCCCUGGACUCGGAGCAGACUCCAGGAGGACAAUCGUUCGUCUUCACCGGCAUCAACCAACCCAUCACCUUCCACGGGGCCACCGUGGUGCAGUACAUCCCUCCUCCUUACGCACCUCAGGAGCCCCUGGGGAUGACCGCCCCGUACCUGCAGCCCGGAGCGAGCCCCUGUGGUCUCCUACCCACUGCGGGGGUAGUGGCUGCGGCGCCGAGUCCUCCCCAGUACUAUAGCAUCUACCCGCAAGGCAACGCCGCGUUUGUGGGUGAUGAAGACUGGCCGUGUGUUGUGGAUGGUAGCAGUGACAGGUCCAGCCGUGACGCUCCGCGGCCAGAGGAGUCCCAGCUGCCCGAGGGGGACUGUGCCCGCUUCUCUCCCCCGCCCUACGAGGAGAUAUACUCCCUCCCACGCUAGAGACGGCUGUGCAUGGGGACUGGGGUCGCACGUGGGUCCUUGCUACCUGGCAGCUGCAGUGUUCUAUGCAGCCUUCAGAAGUCAGAUGGCAGAGCGGCCUGACAGAGGUCACAGGGCAGUAAAAAUUAGGCUGGGCUGGGGAAAUCCCCUCGGGUAAAAGAAUCGCCCAUGGAAGGCUCAGGAGCAGCUGUUCCACCUGCUUGUCCAUCACCCAGUCUCUUCCCUAUUUGAAGACCUCUGGGUAUCCAUGUAAGCUUCGACGGCCAAGGGAGAAAUCGCAACCUCUGAGAUCUGGGGAGUUUCCACAGCUGGGAAGGGGGAGGGGUGACAGGAGGACAGCUCAGGUUUCUGGUGCCCUUCACUGGUCCCAAGGCGGACUUGGUGGCCCAAAUGACACUGCUGCCACCUGGUCUCUCCUGGAGACCCUGGGCAUCUUAAAGGUUGCAAAAUAAGUAAAUACAAUGGAAUAAAAUAAAAUACCGUCUUCUGUAAGACAAGUAUUGGACGGCUGGCUAAAUCAUAUGAAAGGAAUAAUAGUAGGAUAUGAUGGGAAUAAAUCCUGAAGGUGUCACUGCUCCCAGUGACUCCUGGCUGCUGCUGUUCUCUUUGGUGGAGUUGAACCUUGAAGCGUGAUGUGCAUGAGGGGCUCUUAGCCCACUCUGGUCAGGGGCGGGGCCGGGCAUGAGCUCACCACGCCCAGGGCAGCACAGAACACAUGCACCUGUCUAGGCACUCGGAGAUCUCAACCGCUGGAAAAUCAUGAAUUGUGGAAGCAACCUUUGUGGCUAAGGUCAAGCUUACUUUCUUAAUAAAAAAAAAAUACUUGGAUGUUCUUCAGCU